CCUGUUGGCUUCGCCGAAAGAAGUAGCGACCUCGCUCUCCUCACACUGUACAAGUUUCUUGCAGGAGACGAUUUGGAAUCAGUAGUGUGCACCGAACCACUCGAGCAAUUCCAUUAGAAAGACCAGUGUCGGGGUGUCAUCAUGAUCCCUCUAAUUGCCAUUGCCGGAAUACUCGCAGUGUCAGCAGCUCCUGCUGAAUUCUACGAGAGCAGAUACGACCACCUCGAUGUCGAAAGCAUCCUCAACAACCGAAGAAUGGUCAACUACUACGCCGCUUGCCUGCUGUCUAAAGGACCUUGUCCGCCACAAGGGGUGGACCUCAAAAGGGUGCUCCCAGAGGCUCUCCAGACCAACUGCGCCAAAUGCACCGAAAAGCAGCGGACAGCAGCCUACCGCUCCAUCAAGCGCCUGAAAAAAGAAUAUCCGAAGAUCUGGGAGCAGUUGCGCGCAGUUUGGGACCCCGAUGAUGUCUUCAUCCGUAAAUUUGAAACCAGUUUUGAAUCUGGAAAACCUUCUGGUGUUAUUAGUACCAACACUUCUCCUCCAAGUCCAAUUCUGUCAAAUCGUUUUGGAGAGAACGAAGAAGCGGACGCUGCUAGCAACGUCAUCUCUUCGACACCCCUUCCCCCCACCACUAGCACUACUACUCGCACUACUCUAACCACUAAAUUUACUACUAAACCUAGUACUAAACCUACUAACAAACCUGUUGUUGUAACAAAACCGCCACAAGCGCCACCGUUUGCGACCGUUGGGGCUAAUCUGCAAGCCACGGUCACAUUCAUGGCGGCACUAAAAAACAUUGUUAUCCAGUUGUGCCAACACAAACUGGAGGUUAUUAACAGCAUACUAUCUGGGAGAUAAGACUUCUAAGCUUAACACUGAAGAGUGAGAAGAAGGAUGUCCUUUGUUGUCUGUUAUUCUGUCAUUGUCUCAUUAGCUAGGACUAUUAGAGUCAUGCCAUUUCAACCGUCAUCUUUCAGAUAGACUGAUUUUUUAAUAGGGGUCUGAAUUGGCUGUGUCAAAUGAAGACGUUACUUAGUCAAGGUUUUGACUCCAUGGCCGCCAUUUAAAUUUAAUUCGAAAGUCAAAGAUUCAGUUAUCAGGUUAUCUAGUCGUACCCAUAAUUGGCUUAUUGCACAAAAAUGCAAACCAAGGUCUAAUAACGCAUCCAAAUCCUAAUAAAGCUUUUGUGAAACUAACAAAAUCUAAAUUGCCCCCAAAAAUUAUUUAUUUAUGAAGCCUGAUACUCAGUUUUGCGAAAAACCGAUCUAACUCUUAAGUCAUGUGAUAUUCUUUAAUGUAAUGUUAAUUUUAGCAGUAAAUUGUAUAGUUAUUAGUGAAAUAAAAAACAAAAUAUGA